AUGGUCUCAACGGCCGACACACACCGGUAUGGCGUUGUCCUCGAUGCAGGCUCAUCGGGGACACGAGUUUAUGUGUACAAGUGGUUGGACAACACUGUCGCUCGCCUAGAUGCCUCUAGCCGACAUGCGCUCCCUGAACUCGAGACCAAGGACAAGUGGACCAAGAAAGUCCACCCUGGGGUAUCAACUUUCGGGACUACACCUGAAUUAGUCGGCGAUGACCAUCUCAAACCUCUCAUUAAACAUGCCCUCGAAUAUGUUCCAAAGGAGGCCGUACCGACUACUCCGAUUUUUCUCUUAGCAACUGCUGGCAUGCGCUUGCUCCCUGAUUUCCAACGAGACGCUCUAUUGCGCAAUAUCUGCUCAUACGUCCAAUCAGAGACUAAGUUUUUGAUGCCCGACUGCGGCCUACAUGUGCAGGUUAUCUCAGGCGAGACGGAGGGGUUGUAUGGCUGGAUUGCUGCGAACUACCUCCUUGGGGGGUUUGACGACAAAGAUCGACAUAAUCACGGCAAAGGACAUCAUACAUAUGGCUUCCUGGAUAUGGGAGGUGCUUCAGCACAGAUUGCUUUCGCACCAAAUGCUACAGAAGCUGAAAAGCACGCAGAUGAUUUGACACUAUUAAGAUUGAGAACGAAUAAUGGCGUAUCCCAGGAAUACAAAGUCUUUGUCACCACCUGGCUUGGGUUCGGGGCUAACGAAGCGCGUCGGCGUUACGUGAAAGAUCUGGUGGACUCCUAUUCCGCAGAAAGACUCACAGAAUUACCUGACCCAUGUUUGCCUCAAGGACUCAAGUUGACUUUAGACGGAUCCAUAAUAAACUUGGGAGAAAACCCACCGCCUGGCCAUCAUCUGGUAGGGACCGGGAAGUUUGACGAGUGUCUUCAUCGAACAUUCCCACUGCUCGAGAAAGAUGUCCCGUGUCCCGACGAACCAUGUCUUGUCCAUGGUGUUCAUGUUCCUGCAAUCGACUUUGAUGUGAACCAUUUUGUUGGAAUCAGUGAGUAUUGGCAUACAACCCAUGAGAUUUUUGAAAUGGCACAUAAAGACAAAUCCUAUGACUUCAACACUUAUCAAAGUCGAGUCAAAGAAUUUUGCGGACAAGAUUGGUCCGUAAUUGAAAAGGGAAUUGUGGAUAAGACCUGGGGCAAGAAGGUUGACGAGCACACUGCCUUUGAGGUCUGUUUUAAAGCUAGUUGGCUUAUCAACAUGCUGCACGACGGAAUCGGCAUUCCUCGAGUAGGCAUCGAGGACACGGCGGCUUCCUCUUACAAUGGCACCAAAGAAAUCCUCCAGAGCGGCAAAGAUAAGGGCUUCCUCGACCCUUUCCAGGCUGUAAAUAAGAUCAAAUCUACCGAAGUUAGCUGGACCAUGGGAAAGAUGGUGCUCUAUGCCUCCGCUAGUAUCCCAGCUGCCGUCGAAGGUGAUCUUCCGGUUGGUUUUGGCAGCAAUGUUCCGGGCAUUUCGAAAGACUUCCAGCUGCCCGGUGGCGGGCUACUCCAGGACAUCCCCGACUAUACUCCUGGUAAGACUUCAAAUACUGGGGAGAGUAGCAACAGCAUCACCAACCAAAUUCACGACACACUCUUCAAGUCUGACGCCCCCCACCGCCUCCCAGGCUUCAUCUUCUUUCUCCUCAUCCUAGUCAUCGCGACAUUCUACCUCUGCGGCCGUGACCGCAGGGCAAAGAUCCGCGGAGCUCUAUUCGGCUCCUUCCCUUCACCCGGAAAGUCCACAUCACGUGGACCGCUGUCCUUCCUCAACAAGAUUUUAGGCCGUCAACGCCCCGCUGGUCGCUUCGACCGCGAGCUCGAAGAUGGCACGUCUCGAUUAUACGACCCCAACGACUUCGAAUUAGGGAACAUGUCAUCCUCUUCCGACGAUGAUACAUUCCUAGAGCCAGCGGACGCCUUCCCCAAAUCAAAGUCCAGGAGCAAAAGAAACCUAGGUCGGAUGACGCCUGACCUGAUGGACCGCGCAGGACUGGUCGUGCGGACCGAGAGCCGCGAACGCCUCGGCGGUGACAUGAGCUUAGGAAUCGCUCCCAGCAAGGGCAGAACCAGCAGCCGCACCGCGAGCCCAUCUAGGGGUCGUUGA